GCAAAUUAAAGUAUAUGCAACGACCAUAACUAUUUUUGCAAUUUAUAGAUAUUAAUGGGGUCGUAUGCAAUUAUGAAGGUUUUGAUGAUGUUUGAAUGCUUGAUAGGUUUUCUUCUCUUUGGGUUCGUUUCAGUUCCGGUUCAUGCAAAGAUCCAUACACACAAAUUUGUUGUGGUGGACACUCCAUACACAAGGCUGUGCAGUAGUAAGAGCAUAUUGACAGUAAAUGGACAAUUUCCAGGACCAACUAUAUGUGUCACUCAAGGAGACACCAUUUUCAUAGAUGUCAUUAACAGAGCCAGAGAAAACAUAACUAUUCAUUGGCACGGAGUGAAACAACCAAGAUAUCCGUGGUCGGACGGUCCCGAAUGGAUAACUCAGUGCCCGAUUCAGCCCGGAUCGAGGUUUAACCAAAAAGUCGUGCUUUCAAAUGAGAUCGGAACUUUGUGGUGGCACGCGCAUAGUGACUGGUCUAGAGCCACCGUGCAUGGUGCAAUCGUUGUCUACCCUAAGAAGAAAAACGACUAUCCUUUCCUUAAACCUCACGCGGAAAUCCCAAUUAUAUUAGGGGAGUGGUGGAAGAGUGAUAUACAGGCAGUGCUAAAUGAAUUUUUGCAGAAUGGAGGUGACCCAAAUGUUUCUGAUGCUUACCUUAUAAAUGGUCAGCCUGGUGAUCUGUAUCCAUGCUCAGCACAAGAUACAUUCAAAAUGACCGUAGACUAUGGCAAGACUUACCUACUCAGAAUGGUGAAUGCAGCCAUGAAUACCAUUUUGUUCUUCAGAAUUGCAAACCAUAGCAUCACUGUCGUCGGUACCGACGGCGCCUACACCAAACCUUUGAAGACCGACUACAUUACUAUCUCUCCCGGACAAACCAUCGACUUCUUGUUCGAAGCCAAUCAGCCCCCAAGUCACUAUUACAUGGCCGCGGCCGCUUAUGCUAGUGCAGGACCCUAUGACAACACAACCACCACCGCUAUAGUUCAAUAUAGCGGAAACUACACACCUCCGUCGUCCCCGUUGCUCCCUUCUCUCCCUGAGUUCAACGACACACUCGCGUCGACCAAUUUCACCACACAACUCAGAAGCUUAUCAAACAAAGAUUACCCGAUAGAUGUCCCAUUGAACGUGACCAACAAGUUUUUCUUCACCAUUUCACUCAAUUUAAGCCCGUGCGUUAAUAAUUCAUGUGCCGGACCCUUUAAUGAGCGAUUCUUAGGCAGUUUGAACAACGUGUCAUUUGAUUUCCCAAGGAUCGACAUUCUUCAAGCUUAUUAUGAGCGGAUUAAAGGGGUUUAUGGGACGGAUUUUCCCAGUAAUCCGCCUCUGAAGUUCAAUUACACAGCAAGUAUAAUUCCCAGGGAUCUCUGGGUCCCCGUGAACGGCACCGAAGUGAAGGUGCUUGAAUAUAAUUCCACGGUGGAGCUUGUUUUCCAAGGUACUAAUAUUGUUGCAGGGAUCGAUCAUCCGAUGCACUUACAUGGGUAUAGUUUUUAUGUCGUCGGCUCCGGAUUUGGAAACUUCGACAGAGAUAGGGAUCCUUUGAGUUAUAACCUUGUCGACCCUCCAUUGCAAAACACAAUCGCAGUUCCUAGAAAUGGCUGGACAGCGAUUAGAUUCAAGGCCAGUAAUCCAGGAGUUUGGUUGUUGCACUGCCAUUUAGCCCGUCACUAUAGCUGGGGAAUGCUGAUGGCGUUCAUCGUUAAAGAUGGCAACACCCCUAAUGCUAAAAUGCUGCCUCCACCUCCAGACCUGCCCCCCUGCUAAACGUCGUCGUCGUUUUUUCACUUGUUAUUUGUUAGAUGUUAAUUGUUCUUCUCAGGGGCAAUGUAAUAGACAGUUUGUUGGUGUUUGAAAUUUAUAUUAUUGCAUUCCAAUAAAUUAAUGAAUUAUUUUAGCUAUA